CCAAAACAUGUCAACAGCAGCACUUCAAGGCAAGGUCGUGGCCAUCACGGGGAAGCUUUGCUUAGGCACUCGCGACAUAAUUGCUGCGCUUGUUGAAAGCCACGGUGGGGUGUUUGCCGGAUCCGUGUCGAAGCAUGUGACACACUUGGUGACGGCUGACCCCACCGCGUCGUCGGCCAAGCUCGUGCAAGCCAAAAAGUUGGGCGUGGUGGUGGUUGGCGAGUCCUUCUUGUCGUCUUUGCCGCAGGCAGCCAUCAAGGAGGAGACACCAUUGCCACCUGCGAAGAAAGCCAAGCUGAUGGAGUUUCAGGGCCAAGUGUGGUUCAUCUAUGGGGACCUGUCCAUAGACAAUGCCGACAUCAUCACGUUCAUCGAAACGAACGGUGGAGUGUAUUCUCCAACUCUGACGCAGGCAGUGACUCACGGCAUCUUUGAAGAGCCCACUGCAACCAGCCCAACACACACCUUGGCCAGACAAUGGGGCGUCAAGAUGCUCAACGAAUCGUACAUCACCCAACGCAUGUUCGCCGAUAUGUUUGGCGACGAUGAAAAGGCAGCCAUAGGUGGUGACAUCCCGGUGCCAAAGACCGUAAUCGCAGAUGGAGAUGUGGUCGCUGUAUCAGGCAACAGUUCCAACUACGAAGUUCGUUUCCGUGGUGGCGUGUAUUAUUGCACAUGCAUGGGCUGGAAGAUGCAAAACAAGGCGGUGGACGCCCGGUCGUGUAAGCACUUGCGCCAGGUUCUGGGCGAUGAAUUCGAUACUUGGCGGACUCGGGGGGACUCGGCAGCGACCACGAGCCCCGUCAAGACCGUGAAACAAAACGCGCCCAAACUCCUUUUGGCGCAAACGUGGGAGCGCCAAGACGUCGUGGGAUGGUGGAUCAGCGAGAAGUUUGACGGCGUGCGGGGGUACUGGAACGGCUCGGAGUUUGUGAGUCGGCUCGGCAAUGUCUUUUACGCGCCCGAGUUUUUCAAAGCGCAUUUGCCCACGGACCACCACCUAGACGGUGAGUUGUUUCUGGGUCGACGCCAGUUUGAGCAAACGAUUGGGAUCGUCAAGAGCCACAACGCUGGCGACAAGUGGAAAACCCUCACGUUUAUGGUGUUUGACAUUCCCACUCUAAAAGACCAGCCGUUCGAAGCUCGCCACGCGUUUCUUUUGACGCUUUUGGCUGACUGUCCAUUUGUGCAAGUGGUGACACAGACCCAAUGCACGUCGGAGGCCAUGAUGCUGCAAACUCUGGCGGACGUUGAGGCUGUGGGCGCGGAAGGCCUCAUGUUGCGUCAGCCCAAGUCCCAGUACGUUGGCAGCCGAUCGCCCACGUUACUCAAAGUGAAGACCUUUUUGGACGACGAAGCCAUCGUCGUGGGGUACGAAAAGGGCAAAGGCAAGUACGUUGGUGUGACGGGCAGUCUAAAAGUGAAAAGUCGGACGAACAAGGCGUUCUCUGUCGGCUCGGGCAUGACAGACGCCAUGCGCGCCGCGCCCCCCGCCAUCGGAACCAUCAUCACGUAUCGGUUCCAGGAAACCACUCAAGCCGGCAUCCCUCGGUUCCCGACGUUUGUAGGCAUUGCCAUUGACAAGGAAUGGGACAACAAGUAGAUACAGUAGCUUAAAUGCACACAGUGGAUAUAUUGUAGAGUUUGGCUAUAUCGGCAACUUUCAACAGGUGGAUUGGACUUAGUGCGAUGCAGUAUGAUCGGCGGCGGCGGCAUUAUGUGGGUGUGGAGCGGAAGGCUCAACGGGCUGUAAGGCUGCAUCGAGUGCCCUUUUCGCACUCGUAACGCUGCCAAGUGGUGGUAUUAUUGAUGACCCUGAGGAUCAGUUGAACCAUCACAAAUUGGGUUGAGAUUCAACCCAAUUUGUGGUGGUUCAACUGACGAGGCCAGAUCGUCCGCGGUGGUUGUCUUCACAUGGAGUCGAACAAUCUCAGCGCAUUUCAAGCACAUUUCAAUAUGUUCGGCUUGGAGGGCCUUGGCUUCUUUGAGAUCCCCCUCCACGCUAGUCUUGAUGGCCGUCAUGUCAGUUUGCUGCUCUCGGAGUUGAUGGGCGAUCAAGUAGCAUCGUGCCCAUAAACAAAAUGACCAUAUCGCUUGGCUGAUGUUGCGAAUCAAAGGGGGGUCCAACGCCGGGUCGGCCAACAGGUCUAGAACUUGGGGGAUCGCUGCUCUUGUCGUCGCAGGCGAAACCACAAUCGCCGGAAAGUCGCAGCCCACGUUGAGCGCUUCGAGGAUGUUUGGAUUCGACAGCAGCUUGCGCUUACCCACCUCCCACCACUCUUUCAAACUCGUCGUAUCGCUGGGACCAGGGAUGCCAAGAAUCAAGAGCACGCACUUCAUGACCAGCACACAUUUUUCAGGAGGCUUGGACAACGACUUGAGUUCGCUUAUGUUGCUUUUUGUGAGCGAAUUCAAGGCAUUCUGGGCCGCUUCCAUGGCUUGCAAGAGGGCCUCGGGACACUGGGUCUCUUCAGCCGCUGCUCGUUGCACUCCGGUCGAAUCAGUAGGGGGCGUCGUUGUCGAGGCAGCAUCGGAGCUUGGGUUGGACGCCAUGUACUUGGCUUCCUCCAACGCAGUCCGACCGGCCGCGUUGCACAACGUCGUGCUUGCCCCCGCCAAGAGUAACAGUCGUACAAUGUCGGUAUUGCCCGCUCGACAGGCCACAUGGAGCGCCGAGUGUCCCCACGACAUGGUGGCAUUGACGUCAGCACCACGAGCGAGAAGAAAGUCCACGACCAGCGGUGAGUUCAUGUCACUAGCCACACCCAGUGGAGUCAGGAAUGUAGAAACGGUGUUGAUGUUGGGGCUUAAAUCGAGCAUGUCUGUAAGCCGCUGCAGGUUGUUGUCUUGGCACGAAUGACGCGUGACGCCAACCAAGAGGAUCCCCGCAACUAGUUGCCGAACGUGGUCGUUCAGUCCGUCGAAACCAACGCCUUGUUCGAUGGCGUGGAAUAUUUCAGCUCGAUCGUUGGGGUUGAACGCUUCUGCCUUGCGGGCAUCGAGAGCUUGGAGGUUGUCUAUGACCGCGCGGUAGUCUUCGCGAAGACUAACGCGGUAGGUCGUCCAUUGCUCUGUGGGCAUGGCCAAGUCAAUGGUGGCGCCACUUUGAAUGGCGGCAAAGAUUUCCCAGAGGCACCAUGCCCGCGUUAGGGGAAUGGGGUCCAAGAAGGGCUGGAACACGAGCACCACUUUGCCAAACGUACGGAUGGCGUCUACAAAUGUAGUGGACCACCAGCUAUGAGGGCGGGCUGGGGCGUUGUGUUGGUCCACGACAAACAAGUCGACCCAAAAGAACACGUUGUCUUUUGACUCUUGCGAUGGGAGCGACAAGAAGUAGAUUUCGAUGGCGGCCACCAAGUCGCAAAAGUUGUACUUCCACGCGUGGGACACAAAGUGAGUUGCCUGGCCAAUGCUGCCAUGCUCAGCUGUCUUCUGGACUGCCUCUGCAAACGAGCAGUUUUUGCCCAAUGUAUCGGGCUUCACGACAGCUUCACAAACGUCGCAAGUGGUAGAAGAGGAUGUGAACCGUCCACUUGCCACCUGACUGUCCUUCCACGCGACUAUGAAGGCACAACUUACACCCAAUGAAGGAAAGACAUCCAUUGAAGAUGAUAUGCUGACGUGUCAAGAACGACAGGCUGCGUCUC